UUUUCGAGUGUUUUCCAGUGAUUGAUUUCCGUUUCGAUUCAUUUAGAUUAGGGGUAGUAUUCGUCAGUGAUUACGAUUUAGCAGUCAGAUUUGCCGUCAGUUUCCGUUUUAUCAUUUGUCUCUGUGACAAAGUGGCGCUCCUGUAAUCGAUCACCCAUUUUCGGAUGUGAACAGCAUCGGGCUGUUGAAUUUUGACGCCAAGCCGUUCAGUAGGACGGAGGACCCCGCUCCCUUUUUCUAGUCAGUGGAGACGGAAUUCGCACGGACGCUCGGCGCGGAGUCGGCCGAUCGAUUUCGUUCGGUGUGCAACAGAUACAUAUUCACUGUGAGUGACCUGGUUAGCGUGAUGGGGUCGCGAAAUAAUUCGACUAUUUAUCCGUGCGCUGCGUGCCGAGCAGCAAUACACGUUCGAUUCCAGUUUUCGGGUCAACUGGUGACUGACAUCUGCACCCAUACGCAGUUCGACCAGGUGUUUUUCCGUGCGCUGGAAACCGUCUCAGACGAAGGCACGCGCUACGCGAUAAUUGCCGCUGCAUCCAAUAUUCCUGCGGGAUUCCAGCGUUUGGCUGAGCACUACGUGUAUGCCGAUAAGGCUCUGCAGACAUUUGUGGACGAUUGUGCCGCGGCAUUUCCCAUGAUCCGUGAAGAAGCGCGUAAUCUACGACUUGAUGCACGCUUCGAGUCGCUGUUUCAGCGUGAUGAGCACGGCACCACGCGUCCUGGCUUGCUGCCACUGCCGCAUGUGAGCACAUUGAUGGAGUUUGAGGGCUUCCGCACUAUGCCUAACGUGUACCAGCGUGGGUUGGCCAUCAUGUUGAAGCGGGAAGGCAACGAGAAAAAUUCCCCGCCGCCCCAACCGGCAUGCAAGCCGCCAGCAGCUGCGCAGUCCUACGGCGUAACUCCAACCGGGGCGGGUGGCCUGCUCCCGCGCCCGGAUGCCCUAAGUCUGUUGCCAACGCCUUCCCAACAGUUGUCAGCCGUCUACAAAGCAGCUGGUGCACAGCCGGCGCAACAACAUCAGCCUGAAAGUGUAGUGCCACCGGACACCGCUAACUUGUCAGCUCAGCCGGGAGGUGUAACCACAACGGCCGCCGUCAACUCGUCAGCGCAGCCACAAGAAGGACGCGGUCCACCAAUGCCGUGGCUCCUGCGCGAUAUGCGGAUGGAUGCCUACUGGGACUUCCUUAGCGAGCCGACUCUCACCGACGAAGAGAACGAAGAGCUCCAACGAUUUCCACUCGUCCCCGGAGACCCCUGCGUAGUUCGCUGGUAUAUCGGACCACCGACGCUGCUGGAGCACCAGUACAAUGGCUAUCCGUUCCACUAUAACGGCAGCCGUUCACUCCCAGCCGACUCCUCUCUUCGCGAAUGGGUACGAAUCCAUCAUGCGUUCGUCACCGGCAAUGCCGAGAAGUAUCUGGCACUGGCUCGCCGUAUCAAGAUUGUCGCAGGGUUUGCGCCGCUGAUGGCUCGAAUGAUUUUGCAACUGCCAGUUCCGGCUGGCUGCCACACUGCCGUAGAGAUUGCGGCGCAGCAGCGGUUUCCCAUUCCGACCAAUACCCAAGUAAAGCCAUCUCCGGUAUACUAUGAGCAGUGGGACGGGUUUGGUUUUUCUUAUACUUUUCCGAACCCGUCAAAGCCAGACGACAGCACCUCCGUGUAUGUGGAUGUAGACUACGAUUGUUAUAUUCCGCUGGUCCUGCGAAAUCGUCCGCUAGACGACAUCCGGCUUGAAACCGCGGAGCGCCGACGAAAAGCCGAAAAGCAGCGAGGCGAUUUUGGGUCAGAAGAAAUGUUGGUCGACGCGCAGGGUGAAGAAGCCCAUAACAUUGGCGACGCCGAGAUGUCGGGAACAUCGGAAGAUGCAGAGAAAGAGGGCCUUGGCGCGGAGGAUCCGAAAUAGGUGUUAUUGUCUCUCACUGACGACUGUGUUUUUAAGUGCGCGAUGCCUAGUUAUUUUUUUUUGAAAUUUUCGCAACAUGAAUACGUAUCAUUAUAGUUUUGUUAUUCUGUUACUUUUCUUUGUGCGGCUGGGGUCCAGCCUUUUCGUCCCGGGGGGACGUGUAACAUGGGUUGCGCUUUACCAUUGUUUAGCGAUGAUUGGUUCUUUCCAGCCGUAGUUCAUUUCUGUUCAUUCCUGCUCGU